CUCCUGCGACCCUGAGAUGAGAGAGUAAACGGGGCCCCCAUUGGCCGGCCGGGGAAGACGGGCCAAUCGGAGAAGAGGGUAUAGGGAGGCGGCUGAACAGGGUUGGGGUAGGAAGCUAGGGUUAGAGGCAACCCGUGAGGCUAGAACCUCGAACGUGGUCGGUUGGAGCAAAUAUGUCCCUCCGGAGGCACAUUGGGAACCCUGAGUAUUUGAUGAAAAGGAUACCACAGAACCCAAGAUACCAGCAUGUCAAAUCAAGACUGGAUACUGGUAACAGUAUGACUAAAUAUACUGAGAAGCUCGAAGAGAUUAAGAAAAAUUAUAGAUACAAAAAAGAUGAGCUUUUCAAGAGACUAAAAGUUACAACUUUUGCCCAGCUGAUCAUCCAAGUUGCUUCCCUCUCUGAUCAAACACUGGAAGUGACAGCUGAGGAGAUUCAAAGGCUGGAAGACAAUGAUUCUGCAGCUUCAGACCCUGAUGCCGAAAUCACUGCCAGGACCAAUGGGAAAGGAAAUCCAGGUGAGCAGUCGCCGAGCCCUGAGCAGUUCAUAAACAACGCAGGAGCAGGGGACUCCAGCCGCUCAACUCUUCAGAGUGUCAUCAGUGGUGUUGGGGAACUGGAUCUAGACAAAGGGCCAGUGAAGAAAGCAGAGCCCCAUACCAAAGACAAACCUUAUCCUGACUGCCCCUUCCUGCUGCUAGAUGUGCGUGAUAGAGAUUCUUACCAGCAGUGCCACAUUGUUGGAGCUUACAGUUACCCAAUCGCAACUCUGUCUAGAACAAUGAACCCUUAUUCAAAUGAUAUUCUUGAAUAUAAAAAUGCCCAUGGCAAAAUCAUCAUUCUAUAUGACGAAGAUGAAAGGCUGGCCAGUCAGGCGGCCACCACCAUGUGCGAGCGUGGAUUUGAAAACCUCUUCAUGCUUUCCGGAGGUCUAAAAGUCUUAGCUCAGAAAUUCCCGGAAGGACUGAUUACUGGUUCCCUGCCAGCAUCUUGCCAGCAGGCCCUUCCUCCUGGGUCUGCCCGGAAACGAUCCAGCCCCAAAGGGCCACCCCUACCAGCUGAGAAUAAAUGGAGAUUUACCCCAGAAGACUUAAAAAAGAUAGAAUAUUAUCUGGAAGAGGAGCAAGGGCCUGCAGAUCAUCCUAGCCGACUGAACCAAGCUAACUCCUCUGGAAGAGAGUCCAAGGUGCCUGGUGCCCGAAGCGCUCAGAAUCUGCCUGGUGGCAGCCCCACCAGCCACUCAAACCCCCGCUCCCUCAGCAGUGGCCACCUGCAAGGCAAACCCUGGAAGUAAAGACUUUGUCUCACUUAGGCAAAUAAAUGUUUUUCCUCUUUUCGGAACCCCUGAGCAUUUCCCAAGUUGGGUCAUUUCCAGAAACUUCUGCAGAGGAAAGACCAUGACAUACGUAUGGGAUAGGCCCUCUUCCUUCUCCCUGUCUGCAAUUCCUCUCCCCUCAGGAGGCCACCUCGGGAAGGAUUUUGACAGGUGACCACAAAAACCAGAGGUGUGACAGGCUCUAGUGUCCUCCCUGUUGUUUACAGCAUAUUUAAGUCUUGUGAAACUGUAUAGGAAAAAAGGAUCUAAGUUUUUAGUUGUUUUUUUUUUUAAUAAGGUCCAGCUUGUUGGGUCUCUCUUUGUUGUUUUGUAAAUACUUCAGUCACAUCUGCCCUUGUGCCUGUCCCAACCACCUUUCCGUUCACUGUUCUUGACUUCAUGAAGGCUUCUCCGGGCAGUCUUGGUGUGAGAAGCUGUUUCCAAGGGUGCAGAUGAGCCUUAGGUUCCAGCCGCCUAAAGACCCCACCCCAGUAGGCUCACUCAGCAAGGAGCUCUCUGCCCGGCAUAUUGCAGGCCCUGUUUCGAGUAUGGAAGCCAGUGCCUGUGUGCUCCCUCAAAUUGAAGAUGAGGAGAGUAGCUGUACACUCACUGAAUGCUCCCCUUAUUAGAUGUUUUCCUGGAGCCAGAAAGGUGUGCAUGUGGGUGUCUUCACACCGGGGAGGAAGGCCUCUCAUGGGAAAGCCCUGGCCACCACACCGGCCUGUGCCCCUUGAAGCCCACCAAAGCGGCCCUCACUUGUGGUCAGUAUAUCAGUUAUGACACCCAUUGCCCAGCUUCAGUCCAUCCAUGUUAGAUGGAUAGAAAUUAUGGCCACUUGAAAAUACCAGCUUCGGUUGGACAACUGUGGACACACAAGGUGAAGAGGACUCCAAAGUCCUUUGUCAGGGCUGACAACCUCGUAAGCCCUUGCUUAGAAAUACAGUAUUAGUCUAAUUGAGUAAUUAGUGCAAUUUCCUGCUUACUUUUCAUUCUCAUGACUGAACUGUGAUUAGGAAGUUGUGAUUAUAGAUGCUGGUUUUGGCCGGAAUUUUGAAUCAGCAUUAAUUGAAUUGCUAAAUGACUGACAUUCAUUCCAUUUAAUUGGGGGAACAAAAGGCCUCAGGUAAGGAUGAGGAACUCUGAAAUCAGAUGGAAAAGAGCUGUGUUAAUUUUUAUGGUCUGUGAUCGUAGCUGUGAUAAGGGACUGAGGAAUAAAUUGUGCUCUUUGUCAUGGCAACCAGCUUCUGAAAAGCCAACUGAAAAUUGCCUGUCCUGCUGGUAACUGCUACAGGGUAAGAUUUGCCUUAACAGUACUAUUUUCUCGCCACCAAAAAAAAAAAAAAAAAAAAGGCACCACAGUAUUUCUAGCAUGGGGGCUGUGUUUGUAUGAGAAAUAAACGUAAUAAAUAUCUCACAGAGACAUAUGGAAAAAUAACUUUCAGAUUCAGCCCAGUUCUGUUUUAGAGUGUGUUUAUUCUCUACUUGAUUUCCAAAGUGCAACAUUUUCCAGUGCUUUAGAAAUCAAACAAACCAGGGACAUUGUUCAGAUGUCAAGCCAUGCCCAAUUUUCCGCAAGAUUCAAGAAUCUUGUAUAAAAUUCAGCCAACGUACACAUAGCUUUAAUGAGGAGCCUGUCAUGUUUCCCCAUAAAUUUAUUGCCUGAGAACUUAGUUCAGCCUUUGCUAAUGCCAAAAUGCUCUGGCUUUGUAUUUUCUUUACAGCGUAGAUAGAAAAAUGCACAUUUUUCCACACUCAACUUUCCCCUAGCAUGGACAAGAUUUUCGGCCAUUUUUGCCACAUACACAUUUUUAAGGAAAAAAUAUUUUUCUCUGUAACAAAGUUCUGGUUAUGCCGUUUUAAAGGUGACUUGUCAGGAGUUGAGACUUCCCUGCCGGAUGCUAUUUUGAAAGUAAAUGGUCUUCCCUCCUUGUUCCGAUUCUGCAUUCCCAUUGUCAGACAACUUUGGAGUGUUAGAAACCACUGUAUAUAUGUGGAAAGCCAGGUCAGCCAGACCCAUUAGAAUUGGUGUGCACUCACCUGAGAGAUCUGGCAGGUUGAAUAUGUUUAUGUGUAUUUCUCCACAGUGCUUGCUUUGCCCCGUUGGUAAGGAUUUUAAAUAACCAUGCUCAAAAGAGCUGUUCUAAUUCUGCGUUUUGCAUGUUAAAUGUUAAUAUCAAACAUGCUUUACGUGCUCAAGGUAUUGCUUUUAACAUUCUACUUUGCCAGUUUCUUCAUUAGAUUAAUUGACAUGUAUUAUUUAAAUGACCAGUGAUGCUUUGUGCAAUUAUGAAUGUUGAAGAUUAAAGUACAUAGUUACUAAUUUGUCGUUUGCUAUUAAUAUGCUGAAAACUGCUAACUUCUCUCUUCUUUUCUGUCGAGAUGAUUUGGGGGAGCCACAGGAGACUGGUGUGAUUUUUGCUGCAUCUCCUAGGAAAGCAUUUUUUAAAAAAAAUAAAUGAACCAGGAAAUCAGUCCAAUUAGGGCAGGGGGCCUCAGCUCUCCAGUCAGAAAGCCUGGGUUUCUUUUUCUCCUCAGGCUGGGACUGAAGCCACCUUCAACAACUGGAUCAUGGCUUCCUGCCAGCAUCUCAGGGGUUGACUAGCUGCCCUUGUCUGGGGCUUGUGAACCCUGAGACAGAAGGUGCUUCAUCGAUGUACAACUACAGCGCCAUCUGAACAGCAGUGAUGGCCAAAGUUUAAAUAAUACCUUAAAUGCUUUAAAGGGGUUUGUGUUUAAGGAAGGGAGAAAAGAAGGAAAGCAGCAAGGAAAUGGGAAGAAGGGAGGGCAGAGAGAAGAAGAGAGGCAGAAAUCGAGAGAGAAAAGAGAAAGCUACAUUACUUAUUUGAAAACAAAAGGAACACCCUGGGCUGUAAUAAUGUCAGGCUCAAUCUCUUGAAAAGUGUGGAAUGAUUUAAGUGGCUUGCAUUCAUUUUAUCUUUUUUUUUUUUUUUAACCUUUAGUGGUUAGCCAGGACCAGCACAAUCAUAUUGGGCUUGGUAUAAAUCCGAAUGAAAAGAGAACAAAUAACAUUCAUUAGUUGCUCAGGGAUUUUUCCUGUGGUGCUAUUUAAAUUAUACAAAAAUUAGACUUUAGGCUACUUGACCAAGAAAACAGAACAAAACAAAAACCGUGUUUUCUCUAAUUCCCUUGUGGAAUGUAAGUGAAAUCAGAGUCCUAGGCUAGGAAGAAAUACGCAGGUAAUUUUUCUUGUGUUGGUUUUGGUUUCUGUCAUGUUGUUUAUUGGCUAUAGAUUCUGUCUUUUAUGUUAUCUUUUUUAGAGCGAAUAAUUAGUUUCUGUCCACCUGGAUUUAAAUCCAUGACCACCUUCUUGCUCUACUCUGAAGAUAAUCAUUAAGAACCUUUCUUUCUCCAGUUCCAAAACGUUCUCAGUGUCUUUAAUGUGUGUUUAUUUUCUUCCCAAUUCUUUCAAAGAUUUAACUCCCACAAUACUUUUUUUUUCCCCAGGAAACACCGCAAACGUGUGGAAUAUAAUUCACCAGUUUAAUUAUGUGAGCAUGUUGAGUACUUACAUGCAGAUCCAUUAAUUUUUCACUAACAAAUUUUUUUCAUGCAAAAGCAAUAAAUAACAUUGUGCUUCCAAAAUGUUCAGAAUACACUUGGGUAGUAAUACUUUCCUAGAUUUACAGUAAUUAUUGAAAUUAUUAUUACGACAUCUUUAAAUGGAUACACAGGUCAAUUACAACAUAAAAAAUGUAAUGGUGGAAAUUUGUCAGCCUUGAAUUCAGGCAGAACAGGAUUCAGUGCAUGAUUUUAUGUGUUUUCGAAACUGUAUCUGUCACAUUGCGAUCCCCUGAUGGCCCCCCUCUCUGUUGCUGAUCCUCUUUGUUCUGUGCAGAAGCAAAUUCUCACCUGUGUAACAUCCUGAAGCACCUGGUAAAAUGUGAGGCAAAGAGAGGCCACUUUUCAAAUGCUGUGUACGGAUGGGCUGCAUCUUUUCAAGGAUAUCAAUAUGUCUUCCUGUUGCAAUUAUUUUGUCUGUAAGCUCCCAGAGAGUGAAAAAUCACCAACCCUGUGACAGUGGCCCUUAAUAAGUGUUCAUGAAUAAAUGAAUUGAACCUGUCAAGAUUGAAGUUUGGAUGUGAUGCCCACUGUGGUGGCCACUCAGUGCUGAUCUGUCAUGCUGGAGACCCAGAAAGCUCGUUAUCUUCUGUCCCCCUUGUGUAUCCUGCCUUUGUAGGCGAGGCAUUCAAAACCCUGAGGUUUUUAGAUCUCCCUCUACAGGAAGUACCCAGAGAGCUAUUGGGGGUGUUAUUACCGUAACUGUCUCUGCCAGGCUUAAAGUAUCCUCCAGAAUUCAGCACGCACAGGUCACACACCACCCCCAUCUAAGAGUGGGUUUUCUCUUUUGUUUCAAAUCUUGAAGAUUUCCAGAAAAUAAUAAUACUAGCCAAUGUUUGUGGAGAGCUUACUUUGCUCCUAGAUUCUUCAUUAUAUGUUUUGACUCAUUUAAUUUCCACAACAGUCUGAUGAGGCAGGCACCCCCAUUUUCAGAUGAGGAGACUGAGGUUCCGGUAGAAAUUAAGUGAUUCAGGUUUGCCUUCAGUCUCUGAGCUAGGGGGUAGAAAAGCCAGGAGCCAGCCUGAGAACUGUGGCUGCAGAGGGUGUUCUUUCAGCCACUCUGCUCUGUGCUUCUCACUCUGGGUGGGCACAGCCGUGUUCUCCUUUGGUGAUGCCUCUAACUUACCGUGAAAACGUACCUUUCCCUUGGCUAUUCCCUUCCCUCCUAGUCAGCGGAGAUUCUUUUGAAAACUUUCCUCCGCUUGCCUGCACAAAAGGCGAUGGAAAUUCAGGAACUGAAACAUCUGCUCUGGGGAAUACGUAUUUCCACAUUUCCACCGCCUGUGUCUGGUGUCUUAUCUUGAAGACAGGUGCUCCAGGGCUUCCGAGGUUAUUUUGUCUGUUAAUGGACACCUUGCGAAGUACCACUUAAGGAAUGAGAAUUACAAACUUUUAAUUAUAUUGUAGGGGAAAAAAAGUAGGCUGUUUUCCUGAUAGGUCGAGCCAUUCAUUCAAUAAACCAUAUUGAUA